AUGAUAGAUAGUGAAACAUUUUUUGCAAAAUAUUUGCUCUCCCCAAGACUUUAAUAAACUGAAUGUGACUAAAGACAUAUUUCCCUAAAUGCUGCUCAAAUUAGAUUAUCUCCAGAUAGAAAAAUAAAAUCCUCAUUUCUUUAGGAUGAAAUUUCUUUUACAUCCAAAAAUUCUUAAUUACUUAGUCAAACUAUCAAAUCACUUCUCAAAAACAGUUGGGAUUUUGUUGAAACUGUUAGAGAAAAAAACUUAAUUGAUCCACAUUUAUAAUAUCAUUUAAGAAAAUUCAAAAAUGAUCAUGAAAGUGUUAGUGAUCUUGUUAAUAAAAAGGUUUUUGAUAAUAUUGAACAUCUGAAUUAAUACAAAGAUUAAAUUAAUUAAUUAUAAUCUGAGAUUGUCAAUUUGAAUGAAAAAUGCAAACAUAGAAAAAUUUGUUUAAAAAAAUUAAAUGACAUUCUAAAUCGAAAAGAUGAUGAAUUCUUGCAAUUACAUCAAUAAUUAAAUGUUUUUUAGAAUGAUAAUUAAGCAUUGAAAAAUUAACUAGAAGAAUUAAAUUGUUAAAAUAUUUAGUUAAUUGAAGAAUUAUAAAAUGUAAUCAGUUCCUCCUAAUAAACUAUCACUUAACUUAAUUAGAAGAUUUUUUAAGCAGAAAAUAGUUAUGAAUAAUUAAAAUCUCAUAAAGAUUAAGAAAUUAACAAUCACCUAAGCAAAACUGAUUAAUUACAAGAAGAGUUUGAUUCAUUAUAAUUAAAACUUAAGAAAUAAGAAUCUUAAACAGGUUUAUUGAUUGAAAAAAAUUAAGAAUAAAAAUUUGAAAUAGAAUCUUUAAACACAUUAUUAUUUUAAAAUAAAGAACAAAUAAAAUUAAAUGAAAUUGAAAUCAAAAGAUUAAAAGAUUUAUGUUUAGUUAAAGAAGAACAAUUGAAUUAAUAUUGUGAUCAACAAACUUAAAAUCUAUUACAAUUUACAUUAAGAUAAAAUGAAUUAACAUCCUAGUUUAAUAAUAAAUAAAAUGAGUUUUUAUAAUAAAUUUCAUAGAUAGAAAAAGAUAACGAAGAAUUAUAAGGAACAAUAACUUCAUUUAUAUAAAAGGAAUCCUAAUUGCAAUCUAAAAUUAAAAAUUUGGAAGAUUGUUAAGUUGAAUAAGAAUAAAUUAAUAAUUCUUAAGUAGAUACAAUUCAAUAAUAAUAGAAAUAAAUUGUUACAUUAUCAUAAUAGUGUUAAUAAUAUAUUUUAGAAAUUUAAAAUAAUAAAAAUGAAUAGAUUAUAUAAGAAUUAUAAACUUAGUUAAAUUAAUCUAAAACCAUUAUAAAUGAAUUAAAUAUUAAAAUUAAAGAAGAAGAAAAUUAAUUAGAAAAAGUUAAAAAAAAAUAAGAUGAUGAUAUUUUUAUGCAAUUAAAUUAAAUUUACAAAUUAGAAGAAGAACUGGAUGUUUUAAAAUCUAAAUUAAAAAAAUAAGAUUCAUAAUUGGAAAUUUAAUCUGAAAAGAAUCAUGAAUUUAAACAGGAGAAUGAAAUCUUGAAUGUAGAAAUCCUUUCUUUGAAAGAUUAAAUAAAACUUAAUGAAAUAGAACUCAAAAGAUUAAAAGAUUUAACUUUAGUAUAAGAGGAAUAAUUAAAAGUUUAUUGUGAUUAAUAAGCAUAAACAUUCUAAUAGUUUAGUUCAAGAUAAAAUGAAUAAGUAUAAUAAUUUAAUUAAAAAUAAAACGAACUGUUAGAAUAGAUUACUACUAAGUAAAAAGAAUUCUCUGAUUUGCAAGGAAAACUAUCUUAGAUUAUGUAGAAAGAAAUCUUGUCACAUUAAAAGAUAAAGAUUCUUGAGGAUCAAAUAAAUGAAUUUGAAGAAUUAAAUAAAAACUUACUUGAAACAAAUUCAAAAUAGAAAAAAUAAUUAAGUAAUUUAAAUUAAGUUUGUUAAUAAAAUGAUGUUCAAUUUGAACAAUAAUAGAAAGAAAGGUAAACUUUAGAAGAAGUUAUAUAAUAAAAUAAAUAAAAACUCAAAUAACUUGAAGAAAAACUAAAUUAGUCUAAUUUCAUUAUUUAAUAAUAUGAGUAAUAAAUAAAUGAUUAGCAAUUAUAAUUAUCAAUUCUAAAUUAAACAUAAUAAGAAUUAUAAUAAUAUUAAUAAAAAGUCAUCAUUUUGAAUAGUAAUUUGGAUGAAUCUAGAUUAUAAUCAGAAACAAUAAUGAAAUAAAAAGAAGAUCUUUUAGUUUAACUUUAAAAUACAAUAAGUACAAAUAAUUAAUUAUAAAAAUAAAGUAAAUCACUUGAAUAGCAAUAUAAACAAAUGGAAAAUAAUCAUUCAAGUCUAACAUAAGAAAAUAGAAGACUUCAAAAUUAAUUGAGUGAAUCUAUUUGUGUUAGUAAAUAAAAAGAACUUGAAAAUUUAGAAUUACAAAAAUUAAAUGAAACUUUUAAUUAAUAGAUAUCUUUAUUAUAACAUUAAUAUACACAAUUAGAAUAAUCGUAUCAUCAAGUGGAAUCGGAUAAACAUAAUAUUAAUUAAUAGUUAAAUGAUAAUUCUCAUUUUUUAGAAUAAUCUAUGAUUGAAAAUGAAAGCAAAUUGACAAAAUUAUUAACAUAAAAUUAAAAUUUGAAAGAGGAAAUAAAAUAGUUAAAAAAGAAUGAAAAUGAAAAGGAACAUUAAUUUGCUUAGACAGUUAAAUAAUAUCAUUAAAAGCAUUAAGGUAUAAUAAUAUUUAAUUUAUUUUUAGAACAUAAUACAAAAAUGAGUGAAAUUAAUAAAUUAUUAAAAGAAAGAAAUGAAGAGAUCUAAAAAAUGAAGUUGCAAAUGGAUGAUGCAUAAAUAAAAUCUUAAUUACUUAAAAUGAAAGGUAGAAUAAAAAAUAUAUAAUUUAGAUGAAACUUAUAAAAGAUUAUUAAAUAGGAUUAUAAAAUCUAUUGAUCCAUUUUGUGAUACUAAAAGAAUAAAUGAUGUUGAUUCUCUUCUUGAAACUGCAGUUGAUAAGGUAUAAACACUUGUUAAACUCAAAAAAAAAAAUAAAGAAAAUGAUGAAUUUUCUUUAAAUAGUUAAAAAGAACCAUUUAAUUUGGAACUAUCUCAAAUAGUAUAAAAUUGA